GAACACGGCAAGGAACUUUAAAUUCUGAGUGUCAUUCUUAUUAUACAAACUGCAUCACAUCUCUCUUCCGCCGGUCAACAAAAUAGAUUUUGUUUCGUGCCCAGUUUUCAAGAAAAAAUAAAAUCAAUUUCCAGCGAAAUAUCUACUACUACUAGAGAUCACAAUGGCUGGAACGUCUGAACGCUACAGCUUUUCCUUGACCACGUUCAGCCCAUCGGGAAAACUGGUACAGAUUGAAUAUGCCCUUGCCGCAGUGGCAUCCGGCGCCCCCACGGUCGGUAUUAAAGCGACGAAUGGUGUGGUACUGGCUACGGAGAAGAAGCAUAAAUCUAUGCUCUAUGAUGGGACCAGUGUCUGGAAGAUUGAAACCAUCAACGAGUACAUUGGAAUGUGCUACUCGGGAAUGGGACCCGACUACCGAUUGCUGGUCAAGAGCGCUAGGAAAGCAGCACAAGCUUACAAAAUGGCGUAUGGAGAACGAAUCCCCACGGUUCAAUUGGUCCAGCGAGUUGCGGCAGUGAUGCAAGAGUAUACACAGUCCGGCGGCGUUCGUCCUUUCGGCGUGUCCUUGUUGAUUUGUGGUUGGGAUGAUGGGAAGCCCUACUUGGUCCAGUGUGAUCCUUCUGGCGCAUAUUUUCCAUGGAAGGCUACAGCAAUGGGAAAGAAUUUCAUCAGCGGCAAGACUUUCCUUGAAAAACGGUAUAAGAAUGAUAUUGAGUUAGAAGAUGCCAUUCACACGGCCAUUCUGGCUCUCAAAGAAAGUUUUGAGGGACAAAUGACUGCUGAGAACAUAGAAAUCGGAAUCGUCACAAAGGAUGGUGGAUUCCGCCGUUUGAGUACUGGAGAAGUUAAAGACUAUCUGGAUAAUUUGUAAAUGGGAGUCAAUUUCUGAUUUCAUUGUGUGUUGUUUACAUUAUUCAAGUGAAUUCAAAAUUCAUGUCUUGUAUGUUUUUGUCGAAAAUCUUAAUGAAAUUUUAUACGUUAUGAAACAAAAUUAAUAUUCAACUCUGGAUUAGAUAAUAAGCUAGUGGGUGGUGAAUACACAAUAAAAAUAAUUAUACCGUAUCUAA